UAAAGCUGCUACAGCGUAUAUUGUACUUAAGUUUAUUCUGUCACUACAACCAGUGGAAGUCAUAGCAAUACGCAAGAUAACUUCGGGUUUUAAACAUCCUGUUCGACAGUGAAAGUAGUGAGAGCAGUAUAAGAGAUUAUAUUUCUUUUAUAAACACAAGCUACAAAAUGGCAUUCAUUACGACUUACUGGGGUCUGGAUGGCAUGAUAGCCCUAACGGUUCUCAUUAUAACCGCCUACCUUUAUACGACUCGUAAAUUCAAUUAUUGGAAAAAACGAAACGUUGUGGAAGUAUCACCGAUGCCUUUCUGGGGCAAUUUCAAGGAAUGCGCGUUGUUAAAGAUACCUGCUGGCUUUCUCAUGAGGGAUCUUUAUACUCAAGCGAAGGGAAUACCUUACAUCGGCUUCUACAUUAUAGACGAACCCUGCUUGCUGAUUCGCGAUCGCGAAAUGAUCAAGAAUGUUUUAGUAAAAGACUUUAGUUAUUUUUCUGAUCGAAAUGGCUCGCCUAGUCCGAAUGAUCGUUUGGGUCUCUCCAAUCUUUUCUUCUUAAAAAAUCCGGCCUGGAAGAUAUUACGGGCGAAGUUAACGCCGAUUUUCACGUCCGGCAAAUUAAAGAAAAUGUUCGAGUUGAUGAUUGAAUGCGCUAAGAAUUUGGAGACGUAUCUAGAAUCUUUGAAAGUGAACGAUGCAGGAAAGGAGAUAGACAUGAAGGACUUAAGUGCUAAAUUCACCACGGAUAUGAUCGGCUCCACUGCGUACGGACUUAAUGUAAACUCGUUGAAGAAUCCGAACGCUGAAUUCCGGAAGUACGGUAAAAUGAUCUUCGACUAUGGUUAUGUUCGUGGUUUCGAGAUGCUCGCGUCGUUUUUCUUUCCGAACAUAACGCGUUGGGCCAAUAUAAAGAUGUUUGGCAAGGAUUCUAGCAAUUUCCUACGUAAAGUCUUCUGGGAGACGAUGAAUCAACGCACAGAGUCUGGCGUGAAGAGAAACGAUCUCAUAGAUAUUCUUAUCGAUCUAAAGAAAAAUUACGGUCAUCAAGAUAUUGAAGGAUUCAGAUUUGAUGGGGACGAUCUAUUAGCACAAGCAGUCGUUUUUUUCACCGGCGGUUAUGAAACCUCUUCGACGACAAUGGCUUUCACUUUAUACGAGCUCGCGUUGCAACCGGAGAUUCAGGAUAAACUUAGGAAAGAGAUUCUUGACGCGCUCGACAAAAACGAUGACACGAUUACAUAUGAUAUGAUAUUGUCGCUACCGUACCUUGACAUGGUGGUGUCCGAAACAUUAAGGAUGUACCCGACAUUACCGUUUUUGGAUCGCAUGACGACCGAGACCUACAAGAUGCCGAAUUCUGAUCUGGUUCUCGAAAAGGGUACGCCGAUUUAUAUAUCGAUGCUAGGUAUGCAUUUCGAUCCAGAAUAUUUUCCCGAUCCGGAUAAGUUCGAUCCGGAGCGAUUCAACGAAGAGAACAAACGUAAUAGACCGUCAUGCGUCUACAUGCCAUUCGGGGAAGGCCCGCGGGCAUGCAUAGGUACCCGUUUGGGAUUAUUGCAAACGAAACUUGGACUCAUUAAAAUCUUGAGCAAAUACGAAGUGACACCGAGUAAAAGAACUUUAAUACCAAUGAUACUUAAUCCAAAAGCUCCUACAACGACACCAUUAAAUGGCGGUUUAUAUCUCAAUAUUCGAAGAAUUAACGCUAAUUAAAGUUUGAUAGAAGAAUGUAUUACUUUCAAGCCACAAACAUAAAACAUAGACGUUUAACUCUGCAUAAUUUUCUUUAUGAUACGAGAAAGCCGUUCGAUGAAUUAUAAAUAUCAUUUAGCAUAAGACUCGAAAAUGUAUUCAAAAUAUAUUAUUGUUGUAAAUGUAUGUAAUAGUAUAUACAACAUCAUAAUGUAUUUAAAAAUACAAAAGAGAGAGAGAGGAAUAAAAGCUAUUUAAGAGCUUGGCUCA